GGCGGCGCUUCUUUUACCUGCCGCCAGGUGGGGCCGGGCCGCUGCGUCCCGGGAGGGAGGCUUGGAGCCAGGGCGUGAAGAGCGGAGCCGCCAGACCGCGCUGCAGCGGGGCAGAGUCGGCCCGGGCGAGUAGCGGCAGCCAUGGAGGGGAGAGAGGAUGCCGAGGGCAGCUGCGAUGUAGCUUUUGCGGAAGCCCAGAGAUGGGUAGAGGCAGUCACUGGGAAAAGUUUUGGAACCAAAGAUUUUCGAGCAGCUUUAGAAAAUGGAGUCCUGUUGUGCAAUUUGAUUAACAGGAUCAAACCUGGCAUCAUUAAGAAGAUCAAUCGUCUGUCUACUCCAAUAGCUGGUUUGGAUAAUAUAAAUGUUUUUCUGAAAGCUUGUGAAAAUAUUGGAUUGAAAGAAGCUCAGCUCUUUCAUCCUGGGGAUCUUCAGGAUUUGUCCAGUCGAGUUACUGUCAAGCAAGAAGAGACCGAUAGAAGACUCAAAAAUGUUUUGAUUACAUUAUACUGGCUGGGGAGGAAAGCAAAAAACAACCCUGGUUACAAUGGUCCAUACCUUAACCUUAAAGCAUUUGAGAAAUUACUAGGACAAGCUCUGACCAGGGCCCUCGAAGAAUCCAGCAGUCUGAAAAGCAGUGGCAGGGAUAGCGGGUACGGUGAUAUUUGGUACAUUGACCGUGGAGAAGCAUUUUCACCUUCCACUAGCCAUAAAAGAGACGAUUCUUUCGAUAGCCUGGACUCCUUUGGUUCAAGAUCCUCCACAAGCUUUUCAUCAGAUAUAACCUUGAAGGGUGGCAGUGAAGGUUGCGAAAGUGACACGGACUCUGAACUGCCUUACAAAAUGCAUGAUUCUGGCAAAGAUGACAUGUCAUAUCGCAGGACUGCUGUGAUUGAACCAAAACCUACUACAGAGUUCAAUCGUUUCUUACCCAGCAAAACCAAACAGGCAUCAUAUAUGCCAGCACCGCUCAGGAAAAAAAGGACAGAGAAGAAUGAGGACAACAGAAGAAGCUGGGCAAGUCCUGUCUUCACUGAGCCAGAUGGAACAUUUUCAAGUAACCAGAGGAGGCAGAGGCAUUUGGACCCUAAAGAGGAAAGCAAGCCAAAAGUUAACAUUUCUUCAAAAUUCUCCGGCUAUUCUGAUGAUGAGGAAGAAAAGGCAGUAGGCAUCCCAAACAUUGAAAAAGAUGAUCUCUAUGUUCGCAAACUAAACUCUGCCGUUUCAAACCCAAUGGUUUCUUUUGAUAAGUUUCUACCUAAAUUUUGGACUCCAGAAAAAGAAUUGCAUUGGAAAAAAAUCAAAAAAGGAUCUUCUUCCAAACCAUGGUAUAAGGAGCUUCAGGGAUUCAGUAGAAGGAAGUCUGAUUCUGAGGAUGAAGAUUCAGUCUAUAAACAAAGCAAUGCCAAACUGACUGCUGAUUAUGUGGGGGAAUCAUUGUCCCAAAUUGCAGAAGGGGGAAUCACAUACGCCUCAGAUCAACCCAGUCAGUUUUCAUUACUUCAGACCCUCCAAAAAUACUCUGAUGACUACUUGUCUUCUGAAAAGAAGACCAAAAUUGAUCCUACUUCUGGCCCUAGGGUCAUAACAUGCAGAAAGAAUAUUUUUUUUACACCAGGAUGCAACCAGAGGAAAACUCUGAAUGGAGACCCGUAUCCAGACUUGGAAAAUGACGAUUUGUUUGUUCGGAAGACUGGGACUUUCCACAUGAAUCCAAUUGCUCUCCAAGCUUUUGAAUACUUGAGAAAAUCCUCUGAGCAAGAACCUCUUUUAGAGGGUGAAAUAAUUCUGCAACCCAGAGAGGACCAACCUGUUAUUCCAGACUUAGAAAAAGAUGACAUGAUUGUUCGUAAAGUACAAACACAUAAAAAGGGGGUGCCUUUAUCAGGUGCUCCAGACAAAUACCAUCCUGCACUCUUUCCGGAUCCUUGGAGUCUUCCACCGGAAAUCCAAUCCAAAUUUCUUUGUUUACUUGACAAGACCAUCCCAACAGAAGAUGAAAAAAAUGGUGGUAGAGUCUUAUUACCCUCUUUGCGGCAGAAGAAGGAUGAUAUGUUGACGCGCAAGAUUGAGUCCUGGAAAGUAGGAAGUAUUCUGCAGCCAGUCAGUUUUACUCCAGGUCCAUGCAGCGAAGAAGACUGGAAAAAAUGGGAGGCUAUCAGAGAGGCCAGCAAAGUUAGACACAAGAAACGCCAGAUGGUUGAGAGACUGUUUCAAAAGCUUUCUGAUGAGGAUGGGAGCAAGUCUUUGAAUGAUGUCAGUGCAGAUGAGGCCCAAAUGCUGCGCCAGGUUCGUUAUGAAGAGCUACAGAAAAUAAAAUCCAAGCUACAGGAACAAGAUCAAAAGUGGCAAGAUGAUCUAGCGAAAUGGAAAAAUCGUCGAAAAAGUUUCACUUCAGAUUUGCAGAAGAAAAAGGAGGAGAGAGAAGAAAUCGAAAGGAGAGCCUCUGAGAAUUCUGAAAGAAAUAGCAAGUCACUGAAAGAAAUGCAGCAGGACAGGGAGAACAGAGAUCAAGGAUCCUACAGCGACAAGCAGCAAAAGAGUGAACGUAGUCGAAUGUAUUUAUCAGAUGAUGUAUUUAGUGAAGAAAAACAUCCUUCCAGACCAUCAGUCGCAAAAGAUUAUCUUGUUGAAGAAGAUGCCUCUUACAGUUUUAAGAAGAAUGAAAAAUCGUAUGCUGCACAAACUAACAAAGAGAAUUCUCAAAAGCUAGAGAGCUAUGCAACAGUUGAAACUCAAAUUCCAUCUAAAAGCCUUUUAGAAGAACAGAGCUCAGUCCCUUUGUCUACUCACCAUUCAAUGAAUGAACAAAUGGGAUCAGCUCAGGUUUCAGCUUCUCUCCCCAGAAGUUACCAGAAAACAGAUACUUCUAGGUUAACAUCUGUGGUUACACCAAGACCUUUUGGUGUCCCCUCGAGAGGAAUUUCAUCACUUCCCAGAUCAUUUAUGGUGGACGAUGUCCAGAAAUAUAAUGGAGAAGUAGAUGGAGCCAAGAGAUCUCAAACUUUGCUCACCAGCUAUUCAUUUUCAACACUGGAAGCAGGACCACUUCUCUCUGCAGAUGCAAUGACAAAUGGUGGUGAGGAAGAAAAGGAAAGCAUUAAAAGAAAAGAGUCUCCUACCCUGAGAGCCUCUGCUACAUCCCAAUACCAGGAUGCAGUGUCCCCUGAUCUUAAAUCAGAGUAUUAUACUCAUCCUGACCCUGUUACAGUUGCAGCUUCUGUGGAAAUAAGAAGCCUGCCAGAGCCAGAGGUUUCAGUGUCACAGGACCAGUACAGUGAAAUGAGAAUCAGUAUAAACCAGAGAUCUGGUAAUAGUCGCAACUUUGGGUUCACCACAAAUUGGAAACCUUCUGGGGUUUUUGUACAGACAAUUGAAGAAGGUAGCACUGCAGACCUUGGCCAGCUGCAAGUAGAUGAUGAAAUCAUUGCUGUUGAUGGCGCAAGAGUUUCACAAAUGGACCAUAAUCAGUGGGAGGAAGCCAUGGCCAAUGCACUAGAAACUGGAAACUUGGUCAUGGAUGUCAGACGAUAUGGAAAAAAUGAUUGGGGCAAAGACCAGCCUUCCCUGCCAUAUGUAAGGCAUAAAAUCCUCAAUCUCACCAGUAUGGCUACCAACAUUGUAGGUACACCUGAAAAUAAAUGGAUUGAUGCAACUUCUGGAGAUCACAAUUCUACCAACUCUUCAGACAUAUCAGCCAAAAGAGAUUUCUCCUACAGCCUUCAAAAUUCUGAUGCUGGAGCAAAAGUGAUAAAUGGAAUGCAAGCAGAUAUGAGCUCUAAUGAGCAAAAAGAAUCUGAACCUAUUUCUUUGAAAAACUUAAAAAGACGGUCACAAUUUUUUGAACAAGGAGGCUCAGAGCCUGCAGUGUCUGAUCUCCUAGUUCCAUCUAUUAAUGCUCCGAGUCGUUGGACUUGGGACCAAGAAGAAGAGAGAAAACGACAGGAAAAAUGGCAGAAAGAACAGGAACGUUUACUUCAGGAGAAAUACAAACGUGAACAGGAGAAAUUACGGGAAGAAUGGCUACACGCUCAGCAAGAAGCAGAAAGAGAGAGUUCCAAAUAUUUAGAUGAGGAGCCGACUGUCCUAACCUUAAACGCGGUAUCGGUACCUGCACAUGCACCACCUAUUUCUAGCUGGAGAACAAACAUGGGAGAAGACAUUGAUGUUCUUAAAGGAGGCCGAAAACAUGAGUGGGGGGAACCGCAGCAGAAUGAGGAAGAGAAGGAAAUGGAAAGGAGGAGACUCCAGGAGGAAAGAAGACUUCAAGAGGAAAAAGCCCUGCAUUUGGAGCAAAAAAGGAAAGCCCAAGAACUAGAGCUUGAAAGAGAGCAGAAAGAAAAGGAACAACAAUAUGCCGAAGAGCAGAAGCGGCGAGCAGAGGCCGAGGAGCAGAAGCGGCGCAUGGAAAAAGAAAGGGAGAUACCAAUACAGAUGCCCCAAUACCGAAGACAUUAUGACCAUUAUGAAGUAUCUAAAAACUUUGAAGAUCCAUCUGGCCACUUUCUUGCUGACAGAAAUAAAUCCAGAUCGACUUCAGAACUGGAUGAUUACCCCAGAAGUCGAAAUGGUGAAUAUGGAAAACCAUUAGGUGGUAUUGCCCAAUGGCUGUUGCAAGAUGAGUUAAACCGAAAGCAAAGUACGAAGACUCUGCAAAAGGCAAAAGAACCAGAGCUGGAGGCUAAAAGAAAACAAAUGGUUUAUCAGAUGGAACAUGCUAACCCAGACCAAGGUACAAACAACAAAUAUUUGGAAAAGUCUUGGAAUGUCAGUGAUUCACAGAAGGGGUCUCAGAAAGAGCAUGCCCCGUCUUCAGCAGAAAUAGAGAGACAACAUAUCCUUCAGGAAAUGAGAAAGAAAACAUCACUACAUACAGACAACAGCUGGAUUAGGCAGCGUAGUUCUAGUGUGCAUAAGGACCCUGUUAAUCUUCACAAGAAUACAAUGAAGAGAGGUGAAUCUUUAGAUAAUCUUGAUUCCUCAAGAACAAGUUCAUGGAGACAUCCACCUUGGACGAAUCAAUCUGCCUCUUCCACAUCCUUGUCGUCUAAUCAAGAUUUUAGUCGCUCUGCUGCUCCACUAGUGUCUACUUCGAACCGAGCUUACAUGCGUACCCCCUCCUCCAGUGUAGCACUUCCUUCAGCCAGCUCUGGAAGAUCAGCAACUUCGUCCCACAGUUUCCCCUCAGCACCUUCUUCUGUACCUCGUGCUCAGUUUCCUACCUCUGCUUCCCAAUCAGGAGCUCAGCAGCGGAAUAGGUCAGUCAGUGGGAAGAAAAUAUGUUCAUACUGUAAUAACGUUCUGGGCAAAGGAGCAGCCAUGAUCAUCGAAUCUCUUGGUCUUUGUUAUCAUUUACAUUGUUUUAAGUGCACGGCUUGUGCAUGCGACCUCGGAGGCUCACACUCAGGAGCUGAAGUCAGGAUCCGAAACAAUGAACUCUUCUGCAACGACUGCUAUGUCAAAUUUAAAACUGGACAGCCAACCUCCAUGUGAAGCAACCAUAAAUAUGAAACCAUUGUUGCAGAUAGAAGAGGAGGUGGUUGCUGGUGAUGUAGAUCUAUAAAUAUGUAUUUCCUUUGUGGUUUUUAAGGGUAACUUUUUUGCCUGUCUAGAUUAUGUAGAAGAUGCAUUGUAUCUUUCAUUCAACUUUAGUUAUUUAUGAGAAUGUAAUCACAAGAAGGAAAUCUCUUGGGGGGAAAACACAUUCACUUUUUGAGUUCAAUGUACUUAAAAGCACAAGGGAGAACAAACAUUUAUCCGUAAUAACUUCAAAACAUUUUUGAGGCUGUUAAUCAGCUAGCAGAGUUUCCAAUGGUAUAUGAAGAUGGUAUUUUGUUUUUAUGCUCUUAAAUGAGCACUACUGAAAUAGUUAAUAUAAAUAUGUAUUUGUAAUUGCUAUCUUUAUUUUUGACAUAUGCUACGAGGUGAAUUCUCUAGAAUAAUAUGAAGCUGCAUUAAAAUGUACACCAAAAUGUUUGCUUUCUGUAUUCUGGUUUCUAAAACUGUUUACUGUUUGCUUUUUGAAAGUAAAAUACAAAGUAUACUCUGUUUGCUCAGUGGUGAUGGCAUAAUGUUUUGUAUAAGAACAAUGGAACCUCUUUGGAGGAAAGGGGUCUCUUUUCUCUUUAUAAUUGAAAAAUAUAACUAUCAGUUUCCCCUCAAAGAAGUUAAUCCAGAAAGUGGAGAAUUUUUUGUUGAAUUCCAGUAUAUUUGUAAAUAAAUGUUCUGAUGCUGAAUUUAUUAGGUAUUUCUUUCUCUUUCCUGCCUUUCAAAAUAUCCAGAGCCAUGAAUGGUGCAUAGAGUGAAUUUGCUGAACAAUAAAUAUGAUUGUUUGAAA